UUUCCGCCUCAGCUCCGGCUCCACCGCCACGAUUGGCCAGCCGACCACCCGGCCUUGGCCAAUAAGCGCCGCCCUCUCGCCCCCGUGUUACUGGGUAGAAGAAAACAAAAACAAACAGAGCGAGAGGGGCCAGAGACUCUCCGAGGCGGCGGCAGAGCCAGAAGAGCGGGGUCGGGGCCGGCUGACCAGGGACCUGGGCGAGCAGCGGCAGGGGCCGGAGGGAUUCUGAAGGAAGACUUCCAUUUGGUAAUUUGUUUAAUCAGUGCAAGUGAAAUUAAGGAAAAAUGGAUGUAGAAAGUGAGCAGAUACUGAAUGUAAACCCUGCAGGGUAUUUUCCCUAAUUCUCCAUGGUGCUUCAAUAGUAUGUUAUUAUCAUAAAAAUGAACAAAGUUUUGUGGAAUAGAUGACCAAAUAUCCUGAUAAUUUAAGUGACUGUCUCUUUUCUGGUGAUGAAGAAAACACUGGGACUGAGGAAAUAAAGAAUGAAAUAAAUGGAAAUUGGAUUUCAGCAUCCUCCAUUAAUGAAGCUAGAAUUAAUGCCAAGGCAAAAAGGCGGCUAAGGAAAAACUCAUCCCGGGACUCUGGCAGAGGCGAUUCGGUCAGCGACAAUGGGAGUGACGCCCUUAGAAGUGGAGUAACUGUGCCAACCAGUCCAAAGGGAAGGUUGCUGGAUAGGCGAUCCAGAUCUGGGAAAGGAAGGGGACUACCAAAGAAAGGUGGUGCAGGAGGCAAAGGUGUCUGGGGUACACCUGGACAGGUGUAUGAUGUGGAGGAGGUAGAUGUGAAAGAUCCUAACUAUGAUGAUGACCAGGAGAACUGUGUUUAUGAAACUGUAGUUUUGCCUUUGGAUGAAAGGGCAUUUGAGAAGACUUUAACACCAAUCAUACAGGAAUAUUUUGAGCAUGGAGAUACUAAUGAAGUUGCGGAAAUGUUAAGAGAUUUAAAUCUUGGUGAAAUGAAAAGUGGAGUACCGGUGUUGGCAGUGUCCUUAGCAUUGGAGGGGAAGGCUAGUCAUAGAGAGAUGACAUCUAAGCUUCUUUCUGACCUUUGUGGGACAGUAAUGAGCACAAGUGAUGUGGAAAAAUCAUUUGAUAAAUUGUUGAAAGAUCUACCUGAAUUAGCAUUGGAUACUCCUAGAGCACCACAGUUGGUGGGCCAGUUUAUUGCUAGAGCUGUUGGAGAUGGAAUUUUAUGUAAUACCUAUAUUGAUAGUUACAAAGGAACUGUAGAUUGUGUGCAGGCUAGAGCUGCUCUGGAUAAGGCUACUGUGCUUCUGAGCAUGUCUAAAGGUGGAAAGCGUAAAGAUAGUGUGUGGGGCUCUGGAGGUGGGCAGCAAUCUGUCAAUCACCUUGUUAAAGAGAUCGAUAUGCUGCUGAAAGAAUAUUUACUCUCUGGAGACAUAUCUGAAGCUGAACAUUGCCUUAAGGAACUGGAAGUACCUCAUUUUCACCAUGAGCUUGUAUAUGAAGCUGUUAUAAUGGUUUUAGAGUCAACUGGAGAAAGUACAUUUAAGAUGAUUUUGGAUUUAUUAAAGUCCCUUUGGAAGUCUUCUACCAUUACUGUAGACCAAAUGAAAAGAGGUUAUGAGAGAAUUUACAACGAAAUUCCAGACAUUAAUCUGGAUGUCCCACAUUCGUACUCUGUGCUGGAGCGGUUUGUAGAAGAAUGUUUUCAGUCUGGAAUAAUUUCCAAACAACUCAGAGAUCUUUGUCCUUCAAGGGGCAGAAAGCGUUUUGUAAGCGAAGGAGAUGGAGGUCGUCUUAAACCAGAGAGCUACUGAAUAUAAGAACUCUUGCAGUCUUAGAUGUUUUAAAAAUAUAUAUCUGAAUUGUAAGAGUUGUUAGCACAAGUUUUUUUUUUUUUUUUAAGCACUUGUUUUGGGUACAAGGCAUUUCUGACAUUUUAUAAACCUACAUUUAAGGGGAAUUUUUAAAGGAAAUGUUUUUUCUUUUUUUUUUUUUUUGUUUUUCGAGGGGGCAAAGGAGGGACAGAAAAGUAACCUCUUCUUAAGUGGAAUAUUCUAAUAAGCUACCUUUUGUAAGUGCCAUGUUUAUGACCUAAUCAUUCCAAGUUUUGCAUUGAUGUCUGACUGCCACUCCUUUCUUUCAAGGACAGUGUUUUUUGUAGUAAAAUCACUGGUUUAUACAAAGCUUUAUUUAGGGGGUAAAGUUAAGCUGCUAAAACCCCAUGUUGGCUGCUGCUGUUGAGAUACUGUGCUUUGGGAGUAAAAAAAGAAAGUUGUUUCUUUGUCUUAAAGAAUUUUUUAAAAAUUAGUCAUGGGACUUAUUCAUCUUUCCAGGGAACAUACUGAUUGGUCUUAAAAGACUAGACAGUUAAGUAAAUGGUGGCUGGAACAUCUAUUUUUCUACAAAACUGGAAAAAUGAACCUGGUUCUAGAAGAAUGUACACCAAAAUAAAACAUGUGAAGCAGU